AUGGAGGUUCCCAACGAUACCAGCCUUGGUCAUGGGUUCUUCACCCUUCACAACCCCGAAAAUGAUGACAUCAAGACAAUGAGAUCUAUCUUGACGAAACCUGCCGUUCUGGGGGCGGUCUACGUGAGUGAGCAAAAGAGGAUCAGAGGUUUCUUCUUACUUACCGUCGACUCCAAUAGCAAUCAAGCCAUUGAACACUUCAACGACUUAGCUGAAUAUUGCGACAUUGAGGAUCUGACGGUGGGGACGGCCCUUGAUAUCCUAUACUCUAAAGGACGCAAACGUAAACUACUCAAGAGUAACACCCGCACCCUAUACCGUGAAUUACGGGCUCUCGCCAUCCAGGCAUUGGGUUGGCAACUACGACCUUAA